AUGGGUGUGAGUGAUGAGCUGACGGGAGUAGGAUUAAGGAGCGAAGGCGGCUGGCGGCGGCCGGUCUCCACAAGUCGUGGAUUGGCCAAGGACGGGGCCAAAUCCACUAGAGGGCGCGCGCCCACAGGCAGCUUUCCAGCGCUUCCGCGUCGCACCCCCGCGGAGGGAGGCGAGGAGCCCCGCGCGCAGCAGCCGCGGCGAGUCCAGCCACCUGCGCAGACUUGGAGAAGCCGGCCCUUGGGCCAGCAGCAGCCUGCACCCCGGGCCCAGACGGCCCCGGCUCUCCCGCGCCUUGGGACCGUGCAGCGGCCGCGGGCCGCGCGAGGACGGCUUACUGGGAGGAAUGUCUGCGGGGGACAGUGCUGCCCGGGAUGGACCACGGCUAACAGUACCAACCAUUGUAUCAAACCCGUGUGUCAGCCGCCCUGCCAGAACAGGGGCUCCUGCAGCCGGCCCCAGCUCUGCGUGUGCCGCUCCGGCUUCCGAGGAGCCCGCUGCGAAGAGGUCAUUCCCGAGGAGGAAUUCGACCCCCAGAACGCCAGGCCGGCACCCCGACGCUCAGCUGAGGGGUCCCCCAACCUGCGCAGGAGCAGUGCGGCCAGAGAAAGCACCACGCCCAGAACACGGCCACCAGCGCCACAGCCGGCGGCGGCCAGGACCCUGAGUGGGCUCAGCCAGACCCACCCCUCCCAGCAGCACGUGGGGCUGUCCCAGACCGUCCGACUUUCUCCAGCCACUGCGGCCAGUGGUCAGCUGACUUCCAAUGCCCUCCCUGUGGGGCCAGGCCUUGAGCAGAGGGAUGGUGCCCAGCAGGCAGCAUAUCUGGACCACCUCUCAUCCCCUUGGGGGCUGAACCUCACGGAGAAAAUCAAGAAGAUCAAGAUCAUCUUCACUCCUACCAUCUGCAAACAGACCUGUGCCCGCGGGCACUGUGCCAAUAGCUGUGAGCGCGGUGACACCACCACCCUGUACAGCCAGGGCGGCCACGGGCAUGACCCCAAGUCUGGCUUCCGCAUCUAUUUCUGCCAGAUCCCCUGUCUGAAUGGAGGCCGCUGCAUCGGCAGAGAUGAAUGCUGGUGUCCUGCCAACUCCACCGGGAAGUUCUGUCACCUGCCUGCCCCCAGGCUGGACAGAGAGCCUCCAGAGAGGGGCCCCCGCCACAGGGCCCCACCAGAGAGCCCCUUGAAGCAGUCCACCUUCACACUGCCUCUCUCCAACCAGCUGGCCUCUGUGAAUCCCUCCUUGGUGAAGGUGCACAUCCACCACCCGCCUGAGGCCUCCGUGCAGGUCCACCAGGUGGCGCGGGUGCGGGGCGAGGCCGAGGAGGCCCCGGAGGAGAACAGCGUGGAGACCAGACCCUCCCCCCGACUCCCAGCCAGCCCAGGCCACGGCCACUGGGACAGCAACAGCAUCCCCGCUCGGUCCAGAGAGGCCCCUCGGCCCCCGCCCCUCAUGGUGCCCAGGCCUCAGGGACUCCUGGGCCGGUGCUACCUGAGCGCUGUGAAUGGACAGUGUGCCAACCCCCUGCUGGAGCUGACUGCCCAAGAGGACUGCUGUGGCAGUGUGGGAGCCUUCUGGGGGGUGACCUCAUGUGCCCCGUGCCCACCCAGACCAGCCUCCCCGGUGAUUGAAAAUGGCCAGUUGCAGUGUCCCCAGGGGUACAAGAGACUGAACCUCACUCACUGCCAAGAUGUCAACGAGUGCUUGACCCUGGGCCUGUGCGAGGACUCGGAGUGCGUGAACACCAGGGGCAGCUACCUCUGCACCUGCAGACCCGGCCUCAUGCUGGAUCCAUCGAGGAGUCGCUGUGUGUCGGACAAGGCCAUCUCCAUGCAGCAGGGGCUCUGCUACCGGUUGCUGGGGCCCGGCACCUGCGCCCUGCCUUUGGCCCAGCGGAUCACCAAGCAGAUAUGCUGCUGCAGCCGAGUGGGCAAAGCAUGGGGCAGCAAGUGUGAGAAAUGCCCCCUGCCUGGCACAGAGGCCUUCAGGGAGAUAUGCCCUGCCGGCCACGGCUACACCUACUCGAGCUCCGACAUCCGCCUCUCCAUGAGGAAAGCCGAGGAGGAAGAGCUGGCCAGGCCCUCGAGGGAGCACGAGCAGAAGAGCAAUGGGACACUGUCCAGGCCAGUGGAGAGGCGGCCAGUGGAGAGGGAGCCCCUCCGGGCGGCCACCAGCACCUGGCUUGAGGCCGGGACCAUCCCUGACAAGGGUGACUCUCAGGCUGGCCAGGUCACAGCCAGCGUUACCCAACUACCUGCCUGGGUCCCAGGAGAUGCUGUAGGAAGACCAACACCGCCACUGCCUGGACAGAGGAUCUUGGAGGCCCAGGAAGAAGAGCAAGUGACCACCCCCAUGGAUGUGUUGGUGACCCCGACCCCCUCAGCCAUUGACAGAUGUGCCACUGGAGCCACCAACAUCUGCGGCCCUGGAACCUGUGUGAACCUCCCUGAUGGAUACAGAUGCAUCUGCAGCCCCGGCUACCGGCUGCACCCCAGCCAGGCCUACUGCACAGAUGACAAUGAGUGUCUGAGGGACCCCUGCAAGGGAAGAGGACGCUGUGUCAAUCACGUGGGCUCCUACUCCUGUUUCUGCUACCCUGGGUACACGCUGACCACCUCAGGGACCACGCAGGAAUGCCAAGAUGUAGACGAAUGUGAGCAGCCAGGAGUGUGCAGCGAUGGGCGGUGCACCAACACAGAGGGUUCCUACCACUGCGAGUGUAACCAGGGCUACGUCAUGGUCCGGAAGGGACAUUGCCAAGAUAUCAACGAAUGCCAUCACCCUGGCACCUGCCCUGAUGGGAGAUGCGUCAACUCCCCCGGCUCCUACACUUGCCUGGCCUGUGAGGAGGGCUACAGGGGCCAGAGCGGGAGCUGUGUAGAUGUGAAUGAGUGUCUGGCUCCCGGGGUCUGCGCCCACGGAACAUGCACCAACCUGGAGGGCUCCUUUAGAUGCUCUUGUCAGAAGGGCUAUGAGGUCACCUCAGACGAGAAGGGCUGCCAAGAUGUCGACGAGUGUGCCAGCCGGACCUCGUGCCCCACGGGCCUCUGCCUCAACACUGAGGGCUCCUUCACCUGCUCGGCCUGUGAGAGCGGGUACUGGGUGAAUGAGGACGGCACCGCCUGUGAAGACCUAGAUGAGUGUGCCUUUCCGGGAGUCUGCCCCUCGGGAGUCUGCACCAACACCGCUGGCUCCUUCUCCUGCAGGGACUGCGAGGAGGGCUACCGGCCCAGCGCCCUGGGCCACACUUGUGAAGAUGUGGAUGAGUGUGAAGACCUCCAGAGCAGCUGCCUGGGAGGCGAGUGCAAGAACACAGCUGGCUCCUACCAGUGCCUCUGUCCCCAGGGCUUCCAGUUGGCCAAUGGCACCGUGUGUGAGGACAUAAACGAGUGCGCGGGAGAGGAGUACUGCGCGCCUCGCGGCGAGUGUCUCAACAGCCACGGGUCCUUUUUCUGUCUCUGUGCCCCGGGCUUUGCCAGCGCGGAAGGGGGCACCAGCUGCCAGGAUGUGGACGAGUGUGAAGUCACUGACCGGUGCCUCGGAGGGCAUUGUGUCAACACUGAGGGCUCCUUUAACUGUCUGUGUGAGACUGGCUUCCAGCCCUCCCCAGAGAGCGGGGCGUGUGUGGACAUAGACGAGUGUGCCAACGACACCGUGUGUGGGAACCACGGCUUCUGUGACAACACCGACGGCUCCUUCCGCUGCCUCUGUGACCAGGGCUUCGAGACCUCGCCCUCCGGCUGGGACUGCAUUGAUGUGAACGAAUGUGAGCUGAUGCUGGCGGUGUGCGGGGCUGCGCUCUGCGAGAAUGUGGAGGGCUCCUUCCUGUGCCUCUGCGCCAGCGACCUGGAGGAGUACGAUGCCCAGGAGGGGCACUGCCGCCCGCGGGUGGCUGGAGGUCAGAGUAUCCCUGAGGCCUCGCCAGAGGACCACCCCCCGGGCCCCAUCCGCAUGGAAUGCUACUCCGGGCAGACGGGCCAGCCACCCUGCUCCAGCCUUCUGGGCCGGAACACCACGCAGGCCGAGUGCUGCUGCACACAGGGCACUGGCUGGGGAGACGCCUGUGACCUGUGCCCAGCUGAGGACUCAGUUGAAUUCAACGAGAUCUGCCCUAGUGGGAAAGGCUACGUCCCUGUGGAAGGAGCCUGGAUGUUUGGACAGACCACGUACACAGAUGCCGACGAGUGUGUGAUAUUCGGGCCUGGUCUCUGCCGGAAUGGCCGGUGCCUCAACACGGUGCCUGGCUACAUCUGCCUGUGCAACCCCGGCUAUCACUACAAUGCCGCCCGCAGGAAGUGUGAGGAUCAUGACGAAUGCCAGGACAUGGCCUGUGAGGAUGGCGAGUGUGUGAACACAGAAGGCUCCUUCCACUGCUUCUGCAGCCCCCCACUCACCCUGGACCUCAGCCAGCAACGCUGUGUGAACAGCACCAGUGGCAUGGAGGACCUGCCUGACCACGACAUCCACAUGGACAUCUGCUGGAAAAAAGUCACCAAUUAUGUGUGCAGCCAUCCCCUGCACGGGCGCCGCACCACCUACACCGAGUGCUGCUGCCAGGACGGCGAGGCCUGGAGCCAGCAGUGUGCUCUGUGCCCCCCCAGGAGCUCUGAGGUCUACGCUCAGCUGUGCAACGUGGCUCGGAUUGAAGCUGAGCGAGAGGCUGGGGUCCACUUCCGGCCCGGCUAUGAGUAUGGCCCUGGGCCCGAGGACCUGCACUACAGCCUCUAUGGCCCAGACGGGGCCCCCUUCUACAACUACCUGGGCCCCGAGGAUGCCAUCCCUGAGCCACCCUUCCCCAACACGGCCAGCCACCGAGGGGACCGCAUACCCGUCCUUGAGCCUCCCCUGCAGCCCUCAGAACUCCAGCCCCGCUACGUUGCCAGCCACCCAGAGCACCAGGCCGGCUUUGAAGGGCUCCAGGCAGAGGAGUGUGGCAUCCUGAACGGCUGUGAGAACGGCCGCUGCGUGCGCGUGCGGGAGGGCUACACCUGUGACUGCUUUGAGGGCUUCCAGCUGGACACGGCGCACAUGGCCUGUGUGGAUGUGAAUGAGUGUGAUGACCUGAACGGACCUGCUGCACUCUGUGUCCACGGUCACUGCGAGAACACGGAGGGCUCCUACCGCUGCCACUGCUCCCCAGGUUAUGUGGCUGGGGCAGGCCCCCCACACUGCACUGCCAAGGAGUAGCAGCAAGGGGUCAGUGUGGGAAGUUACCUGGAAAUGGGCCCGGCCACAGGCUUGAAGGAAGCUUUCCUCGCUGGGGAGACCUGUGAAGACAUCGGGCAGGAGGCCCUGCAGCCCAGCUCCCAGCCAGCCUCGCCUGCUUCUCAUCUCCCCCAGCUUAGGCUCUGGCUGUGAGCUCUGUCACCACCUCCACACCGCCAUGCCCUUGCUUGGCUCAGACACCACCAAAUGCUUUAAUGCUUCAGCCACAGGCCACGAGGCCCUGUCUGCCAUCUGUCCUGGCCUUGCUGUGGGACACUUACCAAUGGGUGGCCCUCAAGCAGCCCCUCAAGCUGUGCAACCAUGCAAGGUCCUUCAGCCUCACACUGCACACACCCUUUUCCAGCCAUAAUCCACAUAUCAUCCUGAUGCUUCCACACCUGGGUCAGAGGCUCCAUCUGCCCUGGGAUGGUCCUUCAGAAUCUAUCGAGCAAAAAAGGAUCAGGGGAAGUUUGGGGAGUGACUCCAAUGCCUCCUCCCAAGAACCACCACUGCCACUCAGCCAGUCUGGUCUGGGCCAGAUCUGGGCACAUUUCCACCCUGUUGCCAGUGCUGUGGCCCCACGGAGGGGCAGGAGAUGCCCUCAUCUCAGAGAAGAGUGAUACUAACUUGCUGGGUGUAUGAGACACAAAUGAGAAAGCAGCAAGAGGACAAUAUAAAAGAUCAUGGGGAGUUGAUAAGAAAGAGGGAGCCAGGGCUUUGUACAAGUCUAAAGAAAAUAUUCAGUAACUUUGGGUAAAUAAACAUUCAAAAUCUACCCAGCAAUAGCUCCUGGGCACCACAGCAAGGGCUGCCACAAGCCAGGGUGCCCAUCUCUGAAGACCUGUAUUAAAUACACACUGCUUCUUACAGGAGACAAAUCUCUCCUGGGCUCUCCUUUUGUGGACACCAGUUUGAUGUGCUAAAAAUAAAGCAGUUGAUUUUCUAGCUUGUGAAACACAGUGCAGUCUUGUUUAGGGGGAGCCAGAUUUCCUAUGUUGUUUCUUCCCUCAACUCAGAAGCCUCUGCCCUCUCCCCCUUCAUAAAAUGGAUGGCUGGCAUCCCACUGAGUUUACAAGCAGAGACUCACUCCAAUCUUGGCUAGCUGGGACUUUAAAACCAUGGUGGAAUAAAGACGUGUACUCCUGGGCUCUUCUGUUUUUGUUUUUAUUUCACAUUAAGCCAAAUUUCUUUACCAUGUUGGCUGAGUCUAAAUAUUAGAGAUGAGGCUGUGCUACCCCCUCACCAGCUCUGCCAACAGCCUAUGAUUGGGUUCCAAUAGGAAAAGGUUCUUUACUCUUCUAAGACAAGGAAAGCUCUGACUUUGCAUUUCUCUGAUGAAUGGCAAUGUAAAUGAACAAGGCUCCACGUGCCUGAAGACAGAGAUGAAUGCUAGUUUCUUAAUUUAUCUGACCUGUCCUACCUGCUGCCCUAAUUGUCAGCCAUCCAAUAAUAACUUAUUGAAUGCUUGCUAUGUGCCAGGCACUGUGUUGAGUGCUGAACACAAAUUUCAUUUGAUCAUCCAACAAUCCUGCUUACUAUUUUUAUUCCCGAUUUACCAAUGAGGAAACUGGACUUACAAAGCUUAAAUAAUUUGCUCUAGGUCACUAUACUAGUUGCAAUGUUUUCAGCAGACAGAAGUAUAUAGUUCUUAAACAUAUGAAAAUGUCCUGACCUUCAAUCAUAAUAAAAAGAAAUGCAAGUUAAAACUACACUGAGACACUUUUUUUAACUGAUUGGCAAAGAUUAAAAAGUCUGUUAAAACUCCUAUUUGGCAAGCAUCUGGGGAAAGAGGCAUUCACACACAUCGCUGCCAACAGCAUGUAGUGGCACAACUCCUAAACAGAAUAAUAUGGUAAUGUCUUUCAAAAUUAUAAAAGCACUUACUCUUUAAAUCAGUGAUUCCACUUCUAGGAAGUUAAACUUAACCUUUAGACAUAUUCUCCCUAAAUGUGAAAGGCAUAUGUUAAGAGGUUAUUUAUCACAGCAUUAUUUGAAAUAGCAAAAGAUUAGAAAUAAUUGGCUAUGAAGCCCUAAAAAGAAAAAAAAAAAGUGGCUCUAAAUGCCUAGAGAAGA